AUGGAGCAACAAGCCAAAGCGCCCCCAGACAUUCGAAAGGUGGCCGUCUUUCUACGCAGCGGCAAGGCUGGUAUCAAAGUCCGUGUCGGGGCACUCAAUGGUAAACGAUUCGACUACUUCAAAGGCAAAUCCGCAAUCAAAGCCUUACUCUCCCCUGCAUACGCGAAGCUCAAAGGUGUCCCCAAGAUCACGACUGAAGCAGAGGCCUUAACGACACUUGCUGCCGUCAAUUCCUUCGCUUUUUUCCUGCGGGUGCAACGUGGUGGCCCUUCCGGCAGCUCUUCUUCGUCGCCAAAAGUGUUACAAGUCAUUCCAGAGCAGAAGUUUGUCGGGGACGAGUACUAUGUGUGGUUCUUUGAGGGCUCGCAGUGGACGACCUACGCUGGUGCCAUCCUCAUGGUCGGUGUCAUGCUCGCUGGCGUCAUGUUCCCGCUAUGGCCACCCAUCAUGCGUCAAGGCGUAUACUACCUCAGCAUGGGCAUGCUCGGUCUCAUCGGUCUCUUCUUCGCCAUUGCCAUCGUCCGCCUGAUUUUCUACAUCAUCACCGUCAUCGUCGCCAGCCCCGGAAUCUGGAUAUUCCCAAAGCUGUUUGCAGAUGUCGGAUUCGUGGAGUCAUUCAUUCCCUUGUAUGAGUGGGACCUCCCAAAGAAAAAGUCCAAGAAGAAGAAGGGCGACAAAUCAAAAGCCGAGCCUGAAAACAACGAUGGUGGAGCCUACAUUGAAGAAAUUGAGGACUCGGGCGCUUCCAGGCCACACAGUCGUGCUGCUAAGGUGGAGGAGGCCGAAGAUGAGGAUGCGUAG